AUGUCUUCUGAAAAUUUAUAUAAAAAACAAUGCUUAAAAGUAAUUAAAAUUGUUAAAGAAGCUGAAUUAAGUGAUGAUGAAAUGGAUUUAGAUUUGGAAGAUGAAAUGAAUUUAGACUUAAAUAGUCAAAAUUUAUUAAAUACUGAAGUUAUUUGUAAUAAAGUUCCUAAAUCUUAUGAUUGGGUUCAAAAUUAUCUAUUUAAUUAUAAUGAAUCUGAGUUUAGAAAAACACUUAGAAUGGAUAAAAAAACCUUUUGGGCUUUAGUUGAAAAAAUUCAAUACUAUCCAAUAUUUUAUUCCGAUUCAAAUAAUCUUCAAACAAGUGUUGAAUUACAGCUUGCUAUUACUUUAAAUCAAUUAGGUACAAACUCUUCUCUUUGGACAAUUUCAACCUUAUUUGGAGUUUGUGAAGCAACAGUAUUAAAUUUUAUAAAUAGAAUAAUUAUUGCUAUUCAAUCUUUAAGAUCAGAGUAUAUAGUUUGGCCAACUGAAAACUAUAGACAAGAAGUUAAUAUUGGAUUUGAACAAAUUCAAGGAUUUCCAAUGAUUAUUGGAGCUAUUGAUAGAUUACAUAUUCCUUUAUAUGAAGCACCAAGCAAAGAUAAUAAAGAUGGAUAUAUGUUACCUAAGCACAAAUAUGGUAUUCACUUACAAGGAGUUGUAGAA